AUGGGACCAAAACCUAAGAGUUAACAAAAAGAUAAGCAGUCUUCCUCUUUUAAGGCUAUUGACGAUUUCCUUGAGAAGUCAAGUUCUCCUGCAGAUGUUCAACUUACUCAAUAGCAUCUUGAAACCCAAUUGAAGCAAAUCAAAGAGAAGUAUUUCGAAUAGUUUUCAGCCACUACUCUGCAGAAAAAUGUCUAGCAUUUAAAUAAUCUAAGAACUUUGACUCUAGUUUUCGGAGGAAUGGCAGCAGGAAUAUAUGGAUUUGAUGGAUUAUAAGGAAUGUUGUUUUAUCUCGCUAUGAUUCUAUUUGUUUCAGUAGUAAUAGGCGCAAGAAUGGGCUUUAAAGGACAGCCAUACUUCACUGAUCUAUCUCAAGCAUGUACUACAGGAAUGUUCAGUAAUAUCUUGACUUACUUGCUUAUGUGGGUUAUGUUCCAUAAUUUGGUAUAUGUUCUCUGA